GCGAGGCACCAUCCUCGAUACCCUUUCCCCUUUCCCUCUCUCGUUGCAAGAUUUCCUUAUAACUCGUAAUGUUUUUACAUUUUAAAUUCAGUGCCUUUAAGUCGCUUUUUCCUUAGUUUUCUUAGUUACGUUAUAUUCCGCGUCUAAGUGGCAUGAUGUUCACGUCCACCGGUUCGUGGGGAUUAUAUAAAGCACCCCUGUCGAAGAGCUUACUUCUGCUUCCUACAGUCCUCACUGUGCUGCUGACUGUGCUUCUGCCUCAGUACCAGGAUCUGUUCAUAUACAACAUCCAGGCCAUCAGGCAGGGCAAGCAGUUCUGGAGGCUGGUGAGUGGACGACUUUUCUGUCUGGACCUGAAAGACACUUUCUGCAGCAGUCUGCUUAUUUACAAUUUCCGCAUAUUUGAGAGAAGGUUUGGCAGCCACAAAUUUGCUUCUUUCCUCUUUGGAGCUUGGGUUCUUUCUGCUUUUGUGGACUUGCUGCUGACAGAAGCUCUUCGCUUCACGUUUGAACUUAAGGUGGAUGUUCUUCCAGCUGGAUUGCUGGGUCCAGUCUUUGCUCUGUUUGUGCCUUUCUACCGCUCCAUCCCACGAGUUCAUGUGACUCAGCUGCUCGGCCACUUCUCAAUCACAAACAAGUCUUUGACUUACAUCGUGGGUGCACAGCUCUUGACCUCAAGUGCCUACAUGUGGGUUGUUGCUUGUAGUGGACUGAUCGCAGGCAUGUUGUAUUACAGUAAUAAGUUGGCGGUCCAGAAGUUCUUGCGUGUGCCUGGAUGGGCAGCUAGAUGUGGUUCAGUGAUUCUGGAGCCAAUCUUCUCCGAUUCUGAGCCCACGGCAGAGGCCCCGCUGGGGAUGGGGGCUACUUUGGAUAUCCAGAGACAGCAGAGGAUGGAUAUGCUGGAUCAGCAACUGCUCCUUUCUCAGCUGGCACACUUGAGAAGAAAUGCACAGCAACAGCAGGCUCAGACUGGGCUCCUGAACUGGAACAGAUUCUUCCCCACUCUGAGGCACAGAGGACAAAACCGGCCCCAUGAGGGGCCACAGCAGCCCUCCUAUACUCAACCAACAGAGAACCCAGCAGUGACAGAGGAACAGGUUGCAAGAUUAAUGGAGAUGGGUUUCUCAAGGAUGGAUGCCCAAGAAGCACUCAGAGCAUCUAAUAAUGACAUUAACAUCGCAACAAACUUCUUGCUUCAGCACUAAGACAAAAUAAAUUGAAGAUGACAUGGAAGUCAAGGAGAAUGACUUUUUUAACUUAUUUCUAUAAAAUCACUAAGUUGAAAAUACUUAAGAACUCUACUUUGGUGUCAUCACUACACUAACUGGAAUGCACUGGGACACAACUUACAGGAGCUGAUGAUAUCACGUCCUGUCUGGCUGCCUCUUGACCAGGAAGUGUAGCACUCCUGCUGCAGUGUUUUCAGUACUAUUAGUAGUUGACUUGUACGCACUGGAUAGAGUCAACCUGGUGGACAACAUACUUUGUGUCUCAGGGCUUGUGCCAUUUGUCAAUGUCCUUGAACUUACUUCUAAUUAAGCAUACUAUAAUCUCUGCAUAAAUUAUUAAACCACAUGUUGUUUUGCUUUAUAUAAGCUAAGUAGAUUAAGUCUUAGUUUGCCCAAAAUAAUUGACUUGCCCUCCUUGUUGUUCCAAAACUGUGGUGUUUUUGGUCUUCCAUGGAACACAAAUAAGAUGUUUAGCAGAAUGCCUUGCCUGCUGGUUUCAUAUAGAGUUAAAAA